GCGGCGACGGGCGCGCGCGCGCGCGGUGCUCGCAGCCCCCACGCCGCUCCCUCCGUUCGGAUCGCGGCGCCUCCGGCUCCCCGCACCGCUCCACACCGGGCCUGCAGACCCCGAGGCGGCGACUGUGGUCGGUGGACUCUGGCGGACGCAGCGACCGAGGCGGGGCGUGAACGAGCAGAGCGGAGCCCGGCAAGUCUCAGGGAGGCGAUGUUGUCAGGCGCGGGCCCCUGCGUAAGGCGGGCGCUGUGACAGGCCGGCCGGUGAGACACCGCCAGGGGAGGCCGCGACGGAGCUCCGGGACCAGCCAUGGGCUGAGACACGUCCUCGCCGAGCAGUGACCCUUCUGUACCCCACCAGAACAUGCCCGGGUAACUUCCUCUCAGAUCUUCCUUGUGGCCUUCCUCGCCCACUCUAGUGACACUAUGCAACCCCAGCGUGACCUGCGAGGCCUCUGGCUCCUGCUGCUGUCUUUGUUCCUGCUCCUUUUUGAGGUGGCCAGAGCUGGCCGACCCCUGGUUAGCUGUCCUGCCGUCUGCUUGUGCGCCAGCAACAUCCUUAGCUGCUCCAAGCAGCAGCUGCCCAACGUGCCCCAUUCCUUGCCCAGUUACACAGCACUGCUGGACCUCAGCCACAACAAUCUGAGCCGCCUGCGGGCUGAGUGGACCCCCACCCGCCUGACCCACCUGCACUCCCUGCUGCUGAGCCACAACCACCUGAACUUCAUCUCCUCUGAGGCCUUUUCCCCAGUCCCCAACCUUCGCUACCUGGACCUCUCCUCCAACCAGCUGCGGACGCUGGAUGAGUUCCUGUUCAGUGAACUGGAAGCACUGGAGGUGCUGCUGCUCUACAACAACCACAUUGUGGCGGUGGACCGCUCCGCCUUUGACAAUAUGGCCCAGCUGCAGAAACUCUACCUGAGCCAGAACCAGAUCUCUCGCUUCCCUCUGGAACUGGUCAAGGAAGGAGCCAAGCUACCCAAACUAACACUCCUGGAUCUCUCCUCUAACAAGCUGAAUAAGUUGCCCUUGCCUGACCUGCAGAAGCUGCCGGCCUGGAUCAAGAACGGGCUGUACCUACACAACAACCCCCUGCACUGCGACUGUGAGCUCUACCAGCUCUUUUCACACUGGCAGUACCGGCAGCUGAGCUCCGUCAUGGACUUUCAGGAGGACCUGUAUUGCAUUAACAGCUCCAAGAGGUUGUACAAUGUCUUCAACCUGAGUUUCCUCAACUGCAGUGAGUAUAAGGAGCGUGCCUGGGAAGCCCACCUGGGUGAUACCUUCACCAUCAAGUGUGACACCAAGCAGCAGGGGAUGACCAAGAUGUGGGUGACACCAAGCAAUGAACGGGUGCUAGAUCAGGGGACCAAUAGCACAGCAACAGUGACCAAGGAUGGCAGUCUUCAUUUCCACCAGGUGCAGGUCGAGGACGGUGGUGUGUAUACCUGCUAUGCCACAGGGGACACUUUCAAUGAGACACUGUCUGUGGAGUUGAAAGUGUACAAUUCCACCUCUCACGGACACCAUGACACCCUAAACACAGCCUAUACCACCCUAGUGGGCUGUAUUCUCAGUGUGGUCCUGGUCCUCAUAUACCUAUACCUCACCCCUUGCCGCUGCUGGUGCCGGGGUGUAGAAAAGCCUUCCAGCCAUCAAGGAGACAGCCUCAGCUCUUCCAUGCUUAGUACCACACCCAACCAUGAUCCUAUGGCUGGUGGGGACAAAGAUGAUGGUUUUGACCGGCGGGUGGCCUUCCUGGAACCUGCUGGACCUGGGCAGGGUCAAAAUGGCAAGCUCAAACCAGGCAACACCUUGCCGGUGCCCGAGGCAACAGGCAAGGGCCAACGGAGGAUGUCAGAUCCAGAAUCAGUCAGCUCGGUCUUCUCUGAUACGCCCAUUGUGGUGUGAGCAGGAUGGGUUGGUGGGGAGAUUCUGCCCCAGGAGAGGUAAUGCACCCCUGAAGGAUAUGAGGGGAUGGAAAGAGAGGGCUGGCUGGCCAAGGGAGUGGGUUCUUCCUGACCUCAAGGGAAUUGGUCACAGAGGGCAAGACCCUAACUAGGGUGUGGCUGCCAUAAUCUUCAAAUACGGAUAUGUUAAUCCUCCGGCAAAUGCUACACCCCCUACCCAAAGCCCUGGCAGUUCGCAAUGUGGUUGAGGAAGAGAAGCAUUCCUGAGCUGAAUGGGAAUGAGGAAGGAGUGAGGGGAAAAGCAGAUCCCUUAAACUUUUUUGAGGUCAUCCCUAGCUCCUUAAGAGAAAAUUAUUUGGAAAAAAAUUUUUUUCUGUCUCUGCCCACCACAUCUAUGAUGUUGUGUGUGUGUGGAGUAUUUCCACAGAAGCCACAUUGGGGGAAACUGUGGUAUCUUCUUUGGUUAGGAAGUCAUACUUCACAUCUGGGGAAAUUGGAAACCUUUGGAAAAUGAGUCAGGAAAAGACUGAGACCUCAAUCAAUAAAAUGCCCCAAAGCUACUGAGAGACUUCACUAAAGCCUUCCUCUUUCUCCAGAAGCCCUGGGUAGAUAGAUCUUUGCAGGAGCUGGCCUUUUGUCUGUUUGGUUAUGGCAGCAAUGUGGGAUGUGCCUUGUCCUGGAACCAAUGGCACAGAGGGGUAUGGCAUGAACUGAUAGAUGUGUGUCACAGCAGAAGUGCCAGCACAGAACUUGCAGAUGGGGGCGGUGAACUCCAGAUAGGCUAAUUCCCUGGUUGGUGAAACCCUUGGUUAGCAUUUGAUUCUCAGUAUCUGUGUGAAAGACCACGGUGGGGGCUGCUGAAGACAGAGCUUUUGUGGAUGCCUGCCACACAUGUGGCCCACUUUACACUAGGAUGAAGGUAAAUCUGCAUCUAUUAUGUAGCAUCCAGCUGGUCCUAACUGAUUUUCUGCAUAAUACCUUCUCUUCAUUCAGUCUCCCUAUCAACCUCAGGUGGGAUUCUGAGUUUUCCCUAAUAUGCUUCUCUGCAAAGGGAGGAGUCCAGGAAAGUCUGGCCUCAGCUGGGUUAGACUGGGCUUGGUUGGAGGUAGAGGGGACCUGGUAUGUAUCUCCUCUAUGUUGACAAGGCUUCCUCACUCAGAGAUCUCACUCCUGCUGCAAAGCCAAAGUAUGGGAUUUUGUCAUCAGAGGGGUGGAAUCAGGUGGUCUCUGCCCCAGAAUGGCAAUUUGGAGUGGCUUAGAGUUCUGUCCUCUCCAUAACAUUCUGGGCAAUCUGUAGCAGAGACAAUUGGUAGCACUAAACUUUCAGAAGGAAAGUUCUGCCACCCCAUCCCUCUUAGAAGUCUGUGCAGUUGUGGUGGUCAGGCCAGAGGAGCUUAAGAAUAAGCUCAAUAUUAUGUUCCAUCCAGGUUGCAGAAUACUUCAGGUAUGGAGAUGAUGGAUCCCUUUAACUUUUCCCUUUGGUAAUACUGGAUGCCCUGGGAAGUGGUUGCUCUGAGCUUUGGCAGGGGAUGAGCAGGGCAAAGGUGAACUUGCUUUCUGAUAUUGGUCUUUUUCAGUGUCUCUUCCCUCCCAUAUUUAUUGUCCAUUGGAAGUUCUCCAGAUCCUCUAGUUUUCUGAACUGCUCUUUAGGUUCCAAGAGGUGUUACUUACCUGCAGGUGAGGGCUGCUUGCUAGGAGGGCCUGACUAUUAAACAUCCUGUGAAGAUUGGGGAAGGUGACUGGAACUCAGUACUUCCCCUUGUCUGGUCCUGGGAUCUCAAGACUGCUGUCCAUCCUUUAUUAGUAACCUAGUCUUGCUGAGAGAAAGGUGCAGCAUUCCCCUCAAGUACUUGCAUGCUCAUAGGUAUGCAUGCUUAUAGGUAUGCAUGCACAUCAGCACCUUGACUUCCAUCAGGACAGUGAAUCGCUAGUUCCCACUAAUGCCACUCUCAGAAUGGUCUCCACCUAUGUGCACAACUUCACACAAUUUUCUUGCCCUGUAGGAGAGACAGUGACCAUGCCAGGCUCCUCAAAUACACAAACUCUUGUACUUUCAUUUCUAACUUCCCUGAUGCUUCACUCUUAUCUUUGUGGCACUGAAUCACUUUUCUGCAAAGGCUGGAGUUAGGAGAAACAUGGGUUGAAGACCUUGGGAUAAGGGGUGGUGAGGAGCUAGCUGGUCCUUUAGGCUCCUCAGAAACCUCCCUUAGAUUAAAGACUAUAUAUAUGAGAAAUUAAGAUAGAACUAGGUCAAUGAAGGACCCAGAAGGAAACUGGCAGGGUGCCAAGCAGCUGUGAGUUGUUCUUCCUAUGUUAACUGCUCACGGGGGGGGGGGAAAGUUGUCUGGUUAUAUUCCAGAGACUUCUGAGGAUUUUGUUACUGGAGCUACAGUAACCAGAACUCUCCUCAGACUCAACAGGAAACCUGGGAAAAUUUCAUCUCCAUGCUAGUUUUCCCUCUUGGCACCAUGUAGGGCUCUGAAAAUCUUUAAAGUGAAUGUCAAAUGAAGCAGGCAUUCUAGUGGAGCUCCCGAGGACUAGAAGGGCCAUUUUCUUUGCAAGUUCUACCCAGUUUAGGGAAGCUUUGAAUCUCCCUCCUUUAUCCAUUGGGUUGGCCCCUGGUCUGAGACACCUAGUAUAUGUGCCUGGCUGCCUCACCAAGAGAUUCAACGGAUUAGCUUUUUCCUUGAUAGAGGAAAUUCUAUCAAGUUAGCUUCACUUGAUAGAACCCAGAGGUAGCCUUUUAAGUGAAGGAUUGAGUAUUCAGCAUAUGUAAGCUCAAUAGAACCCUGUGUAGAGAACUACGAGGUAUGGUUAUAAGAAAAGGGUGGGAGAUCACCUCAUCCCCACACUCCACCCUGCACCAUAAACCAGACAUGUCUCCUAGGAAGCAGGUGUUCCUGGAGACAGAGUGUGAUAGGGCUCUAUAAUCUAUGUAAUUAUUUGUGAUUUUUUUUUUGGCCUGUAUUUAGGGGGCCCCCAGGAAGGGGCCAGGAGAGGGUACACCCCAGCUGGGGAAGAGCAAAGCUGACUAAUUGCAGUUUUCUGUGUUAUUACCUCUGUACUUCCUUGUAGCCCUGCUGGCAAAGCAAGCUGGCCUCCCAUGUCCAGGACCCUGUUCCUCCCACUUGUGUAUACCCAGGCUGGCAAACCUUGGAGCCUCUGGGCUCUGAAAACUAGACAAUGAUCAUUAAACCUGGCUUGAGUCUCUGUUCUGGCA